UGCUCCCUCGUGUUCUCUCUAUUGGCAUUAUUCUAGUUUCCGUUUCCUUUUUUUUUGACGGCUUUUUCCGCCCGGGUUCGUACGCUUUCCUCUCGAAAACGCGCGGAAGAUCGACCGAGAUCUCUCUCGCGAGCAUCCUCAUCUCGACGACGAAAUUCCGAUCACGAUGAGCACCAACCUUCUCGUCAGGAUUUGCGGGCCCAAGCUCCUGCGCUCCGCGAAAAUGACCAAGCAAGAGCCAUGGAUUACCGUCAGCAGAUGUUUUAGCAUCACUAUGUCGCGCAGCGUGUUGAAAGAUUCGCCGAAUGCGGCGUUAGAUAAAACUCUGCUGAAGAAAUAUCUUGACCUGCCCCAGCCCGAAAAUGUGAUCCAGGCAAAAUAUAUCUGGAUCGACGGUACUGGCGAAGGAUUGCGUUGCAAGACCAGGACCUUGGACUUUGUGCCGAAACAUCCUUCCGAACUGCCAACGUGGACGUACGAUGGUAGCUCGACGUAUCAAGCUGACGGCGCCAACAGUGACAUAUACUUAUAUCCGGUGGCGAUUUAUAACGACCCUUUCCGUUGCGGGAAGAACAAGCUCGUGCUUUGCGAUACCUAUUACAGCGACAAGACGCCGACGAAGUCGAACAAGCGGUACCUGGCGAACCAGGCGAUGGAAGCUGUCAAGAAUCAGGACCCCUGGUUCGGCAUCGAGCAGGAGUACACUCUCCUAGACUUCGACGGCAGGCCGCUCGGUUGGCCCAAGAACGGGUUCCCGGGUCCCCAGGGUCCCUAUUAUUGUGGCGUUGGCGCCGAUAAAGUGAUCGGUCGCGAGAUCGUCGAGGCCCACUACAGGGCCUGCCUCUACGCCGGCGUGAAAAUCGCGGGAACCAAUGCUGAAGUGAUGCCUUCGCAGUGGGAAUUCCAGAUAGGGCCGUGCUUGGGCAUCAACGCCGGGGAUGAUCUGUGGAUCGCCCGAUUCCUCCUGCACCGCGUCGCCGAGGAGUACGGCGUGAUCGUCACCCUGGACCCGAAACCGGUGGACGGUUCGUGGAACGGCGCUGGCGCUCACACCAACUUCUCGACAAAGGCGAUGCGCGGAGAAAACGGUAUCGCCGAGAUCGAGAAGGCGAUCGACAAGCUCAGCAAGCAACACCUCAGACACAUCCAGGCAUACGACCCACGUGGAGGAAAGGACAACGAGCGCAGAUUGACCGGGAAGUGCGAGACCAGCAGCAUCCACGACUUCAGCGCCGGGGUGGCCAACCGAAACGUCAGCAUUCGCAUUCCCCGCGGCGUCGCUGAAGAUAAGAAGGGCUAUUUGGAGGACAGGAGGCCCAGCAGCAACUGUGAUCCCUAUUCCGUCUGCGACGCCCUGGUCCGCACCUGCGUGCUCAACGAAUAAUAGAGCCUACGAGCGUGUGAGAGACCAUAUACUGGACCGACACGCACACACCUGGGGCGUACAAUUAUUAUUCGUAGAACCUAGGCUCCUAUUCUAUUGUUACCCUUGUUUGAGAAAUGAUGAAUGUUAUCAACGUUAUCCCACAUAGCAUGCAUAUCCAAAAGAUGUCCAGAAGGUACCCAAAAGAUAUCUUUGGGCGAUUAGACAUCUUCAGGAUGUCCUGUUAAUGUCUUUUGGAUAUGUCUUUUGGAUAAUGUCUUUUGGUUAAUGUCUUUUGGAUAUAGAAUGCUAUAUGGGUAUGAUCAAUGUUAUCAAUUUUGUCUGAAAGAAAGUUGUCUGGCGAAGUUGGGGCUCUUCAGAUCUAGCAUCUGAGUGCUCGAAAUACUUAUCAACUCCAGCGAGGUCUCUGUCAUCGACGGUCAAGCAACGUUGCAACAAACGUCGAUUAAUAAAUAUUAUGGGAUUAAUUAUUGGUUCUGUCAUUGUUUAUGUUAUGGAUAGGCUAUUAUUGUUAUUUAGAGAGCGAAUUAUAUUUAAAAUUGUAGUCAAUUUACUCGAAUCCUCGAUGAGGCUCGAUGAUAUUCUUAUGUCCGGGAUAUAAGUGUUAGAUAAUCUUAAGACGAGCUUAUAAUUGUAAAUACAAAGCACACAGGUUAUCGCUCUAAA